UCUCCAUUCUUUUCUCCUUCCCUUUCAUUCCACGUUCUAUCCUCUCUCUUUUUCUUUUUGUUUCUUUGCUUUUUUAUCUUGACGGUGCUUUCUUUCUUGCAAACGUAUCUCUCUCUAUAUAUACGUGUCUCAUUUUGUUGGAUGCUAAACAAGGAUUAUUAAUAGGCUUAAAAGAUUUGAUUGGGAUCAGUAGGUGCAAUUUGUUGAGAACAAAAGAAUGGAGGGAAAGAAAAAAGUCGGGUCGUCAUCUUCUUCCUUUACUUCAGAGCUCUUUGGUUCAAAAGAUUCUCCGUCACCUUCCACUGGGAUUUUCGGCUCUAUAUUUGCUCCUCCCUCUAAGGUACUUGGAAGGGAGUCUUUACGUCCUGCUGGGGCCAGAGGCCAGCUUUCUCCAAUUGAGCCAUGGAACACAAAUCCUGGACCCUCUGGUGAUUCUUCCAAAGGACAUAAGGGUGAAAAUCUGAAUAUACGAGACGAGAGUUACAUGAAUCAGGAGCAGAGAGUGCAACCGUGUCCUUUAAGUUCUUCGAUCUACUAUGGCGGGCAAGAUGUAUACCCUAGUUCCCAGAGCCAGGGGUCUGGAUUGAACUCUGUGUACAAGAAAGAUGGUGGAGAAGAUGAUUCGGGGAGUGCAACAAGAGGAAACUGGUGGAAAGGGUCUCUAUAUUACUAAGAGCUUGUUUUCCUCUCAACAUACUCGUAUCAAGGUACCAUUAGUCAGAUUUCCAUAGUCACUUGAGUUUUAUACCGAUCAUAUCAUAAUUCAUUUCACAAAUAAUACUGUUUUUAAUAAAGUUUAUCGAUCGAAUAAUAUGCAAAAGGCUUAAAAUGACCACCAUAUUCCCUUUAUCCUUUUUCUGAUAUUGCAUCUGUUUGUUGAAUUUAUCCUUGGCAGAUACAUAGGAAUUAGGAACAUACAGAUAGCGGUUUAAUCCAUCUCUGGUUAUACAUGUGGGAGAUGGACUUUAGUAAUCAAAACCUCGCAGCCAGCUUGCCGGUAUUACUUUCUCGAGUCAAACAAAUAUAUGAUAAUGGAACUUGCUCUACUUUUUGGUUCUGUUAAGAAUAUGUGCUCAAGUGACUUGAUAUAAUAUCAUAGAUAAUGAAAUUUCUGCUUUUGCUCGAGUAA